AUGAUAAAUUCCUCCUAUGAAUGCGGAGAACAUGUUAUUAGUUUUGGAAUGACAAAACUAAUGAAAAAUCAAAGAUUAACCACCAGAAUGAAUCCAUCUACAGCAGAAGGUUACUCAGCCCCUCCAACCAGUUCAGAUCAGCCUUUUCCACCAGUGGUUCGAUCUCAUGCAGUCUCUGAAGUGACCCCAGCGAAGAAAAUAACCUUCUUCAAGAGCGGAGAUCCUCAGUUCAGCGGAGUAAGGAUGGCCAUUAAUCGUCGCAGUUUCAAAAGUUUUAGUGCCCUCAUGGACGACCUUUCAAACAAAGUUCCAUUGCCGUUUGGGGUUCGGACGAUUACUACUCCUCGGGGUACUCAUAAUAUAAGCAGACUAGAGCAGCUUCAAGAUGGAGGAAGUUAUAUAUGCUCUGACAAAAAAUAUGCGCAACCCAUGGCUGGACGCAAAGUGGGAAAUCAAAGAGCCAGUCGUCCAGUCAGUGCCCGAAGGCAAGGUCAGCAUGAGGACCCAGACGAGGAAUACUCUACAACUCAUUUUCAACAGGUACCGAAAGUACGGAAGAAACUUGUUCUAGUAAAGAAUGGGGAUCCGACCAUUAGACGGUCUAUCAUCCUCAAUCGGAGGAAUGCUCGGAACUUCAGGACCUUUCUCGAGGAUGCCUCAGAUCUCUUGCAAUACACUGUGAAGAGGUUAUAUACUGUAGAUGGAAGAAGAAUUGAAAACAUACAAGGCGUUCUGCAGUCUGCCGGCAUCCUCAUCUGUGCAGGGAAGGAGCCUUUUAAGUCCAUCCACAUGGAAGAUGUGCAUAAACGUGACAAGCUUCCAGGCCUCCGCUCUCAUCCAAGCAACAAUACCGAGGUGAUGGACAAUAAGAAAAAUGCAAACUUUGGACUAAAAGCCAAAAAGAGUGUGAUUCACCCACGGCCAUCAUCAAGCACCAAGACAAGGCUCUCUCUGUCUUCUGAAAGAUCAUAUCCAAAUGGCGUGAAUAUGUCACCACUGAACAGUGGCUUUGGUUCUUACCCCAAUAUGUGUCCUCAUGAAAAAUCAGAAGACAGAGGACAUUCCUUACUCAAUGAUGACAUUGAAAAAAAGGUUCAUGUAAACAAAGAUGGCAGCCUUUCAGUAGAGAUGAAGGUACGGUUUCGCCUGCUUAAUGAAGAAACCCUUCAAUGGUCCACACAAAUAAAAAAGUCCAGUACAAUAGGUAAAGCAAAGUGUGAAGACCUUUGUUUAUUCAAUGAAAAUAAUAAGAUGGAGGAGAUGAACACUGAGAACUUUUCUGAGACAGAUGAGUCAUUCUAUCCAUGUGAUGCUGACUCGUGUAGCUCUAAGAUAAAUUAUACGGGUAUAGAGGACAUAUAUUGCAGUCACUGUGGCAUGCAAUGCCAAGAAUAUGAUAUCUGGAAAAACCCAAUGCAUGUCAACCAACAAGAGGACUAUGUGAAAAGAGCUACAUGGCAAACACGGUCAUCUGCUUCAAGUACAUCCUCACGCCAUAGAUUGAUGUGUAAUGAAAAGACAUCUGUCGAUAGUCUUCAUUCUGUGUCCUCGGAGGAGUACACAGAGCAUGUUGUCCACAGGUCUUCACAUUAUUCAGAAACCAAAGAAAAUGGAGAUACAGUGGUGACAUAUUCAACAGUUAGCCAGUGUGCAAGUCGUAGUGGUCGGUCAACUGUAGCCUCAAAUGUGGAUGCUGCUUCAGAUACUGAACCAACAAAAAGAGGCAAGAGUCGAAACAAGUCAAGAUCAAGCUUAAAGAGUCAAGGUUCUUUGCAAAAGCAACAGUCUCAGCUUUCUGAAGAACAACACAGCCAGAGAAGUCAUGAUGGUAGUUUUGAAGAGUGUCUCGAAGCAUCGGCCACUCCCUGUUCUGGCGGUGAAAAUUGUAGUCAAAGAGUAAGUGUUGUUUCGCAGUCAUCGUUACAUUCUAUAAAGAGUCAGAGUAGAAUGCUGAAGAGAAAUGGCAUGAACACAAAAAGCUUUGCAUCCAGCCUUAGUUAUAAUGAGGAAGACAAAGAAGCACACCAAUGUAAUUGUAAGGGGUCAUUGAAGAAUAUGCAAGGUGUAUCAAUAGAAAUGGGAAUCUCACAAGAUUCCUGUGGAAGUGAGCCUGCAGAAGAUACAAAGAGCUCACAUGAUAAUGAAAUGCAUGAAAAAAUGACUGAAAAUGCAUUAUCUACUGAUCCUGUGAAAUCUAGUCUUGCCGAUUAUGAUAGGCAUUCAACAGGACGAUCUUCCAGAUCUUCAACAAAAUCCAAAUCUUCCUCUAAAAAAAGUGUGAAAGUCAAUGGACAUGAUGGAGAUGAUACUUUAUAUAACUCUCCUUGCUUGUCUUCCAUUUCCAAACAAAACAAUGAAAUAGUGAUAAAACAAGAAAGUCUAGAUAUAUGUGACAACAUUAGUGAAAGCGAAGCUACCCUGUCUCAGUCCAAGAGAAGAUCCUUCACAGAACAUCAGGAACAGAGCUUUCAAUCCACAAGAUCGGGUCAGUCGAUGUCAUCGAUAACUGAAUCAGUACAACCAAAUUUUGUUCAAGAUCAACAUCAAAUUCUAAACCAUCAGGAAAGUUGCGAUAAAUCAUUAAGCUGCACAGAAAAAUCUGACGACAGAGCAUGUAUUAAAAAUAAAGAUAGUGAGUGUAGUCCUUCCAUUUCACGGGCAUCAAGUAAAUCUCUUAGCUCUAAAUUCAAUAGUGCCAGCUGUCAGGAAAAUGAACACGUUUUCAAUGCUAGCUCAAGAGUGUCUUCAAUAUCUGAGACGAAGAGCAUAGUUAAAAGUUCCUCUGAAAAGUGUGACCAGAACUCUUCACCUGAUACUGCCAGAUCAAUGUCACAAGAAGAGGAGCCAGUCAAUGACAAUGUGGUUGUUGACUCAAGUAGUCAAACAGAAGCUCCUGAAAUGAACUGUAUACAUAGCCCAUCACCUCCCGAAGGAAAACCAACCCAUAAACAUUUAAGGUUAGCACAGUUAAAAUUAUCUAGCACUAGUAUAUGCAGUGAAAAAAUGAAGACCAUGAAUGGGGAACAGACAGUUAACUCAAGAACUUCAACACCAGGAUCAAAGGAAAUGCUGGCAUCUAGAACCAGUACAGAGACCUGCAAGAAGACAAAAACUGUAACAAGUCAUAACAGUGGAGAAGACAUCCACAGUACCAAAAAACGUAAAAAUAGUUCUAGCUCUUCCAAGAGAAAACUUAAGGGAGAACCUUUAGAUGCAGAGAACAAUAUAAACAGUGAACUUAUUCCAUCUGCAUUACCAAAUGUGACCCCAGAAGAAGUAGUAAAUGAGUGGCUAAGAAAGAUUCCUUCACAAGCCAUGGUUGUUGACUAUGAAGUGGAAGAAUGCCAGAAAAAAACACAGACAGAGGUAGGAAAAGAAGCAUCAAAAACAGACAUUUAUAAAGUACAGGAGGAAGAAGAUUUGCAUGGGGAGUCUGUAACAAAGGAGCACAACAGCAAUGAGGCUAAAAAAGAGAUAUCUCAAGAUGAGAAUUGCAUUAAUAAUGUAAAUGACGUUCAGGACUCAAAUGCUCCUGAUGGAAAAUAUAAUGAUGAGUCUGUGUUAUUAAGUAAGGUAGCAGCAAAUAAUGUUAAAAAUGAGGGAGUUCUACACCAGACUGCUUGUGACAAAAAGUCACUUCCAAACAAUAUACAAACUUCUGUGCAAAUAAUGAAAGCAUUGCUAUCCCCCUCACAAGAAUCAAAAUUUGAUCGUUCAAAUAGUUUGCCGGAAGUAUCACAGACCAUGAGAAGUAAGCUCAGUAAUUCUGCCAUAGUCCUGAUAUCAUGCCUAGCAAGUCUACAGCUUCUGGAUGAAGGUCAAACAGAGAUUACAAAGAAUACAAAUGACUUUAAAAAAACAAAGUACUUCAAAUUGUUAAACAUAUUACAGGCGUUAUGGGCAGAGGUCCCAACUAACAAGAGUAUUACAAACAGUAAAUCUAGAAAACAGUACUCUAGAGAUGACGAACUAACGCCUGUUUCAUCUUCAGGAGUUGAUAUCAAUAGUGGUUUUGAAGGAUCUGGUGAUGGAAGCCUAACUGGUGGAGGUGAGCACAUUGCGGCAAAUGGAAGGCCAGAAGAAGGAAAGCUGUCUACAGGCACUAAAGAUGUAGACUGUAUGCAAUGCUGUCAAGAGAAUAGAGUCAUUUCUGGAGAAAAUGAUGCAGAGAAUGAGAAAGAAACUACAAAUGAGGUUGAUGUGGCUAGCUUUGCUGAGGGUAAGUCAUGUGCCAUGGAUGAAAACAUGAAUGAGAAAAAGUUAGACAGCGGUGAUAGUACACCUGAAGUAGAAGUAAAAGAAGAAACAAAAGAAGAAGGAUCUUUUAACUCAGUAAAUAAUGUAAAUCAUGUUGAGUGUAUAGAAACUGUAGAUGAACACAGGAUUUCAACUAAUAACAGCAUGAAUAUCCUUAGCCAUAUUGGAGAACCAAAAUUCAGUGAGCCCAACUCAACAGAAACAAACAAUUCUUCAAGUGAUUGUCCAUCAACGGUCAUUUCUACUUCUGAUUCUAAUGGGAAUAAGGAGGAUAAACAAGGACAGGAUGUCGAUCCAGUUUGGGUAUUAAAACUGCUCAAAAAAAUUGAAAAAGAAUUCAUGACUCAUUAUGUAGACGCCAUGAAUGAGUUCAAAGUCAGGUGGAAUUUGGAAGACAAUGAAAAUCUUGAUGAAAUGAUUGCAGAACUGAAAAAUGAAGUAAGUCAAAGAAUCCAAAGGAGCAUUUCGAAUGAACUCAAAAGCAUAAACACUCAGGCAGGAAGUAAGGUGCCAAGACCUCCAGUUGAAGGCUCCAGACGCAAUUCUUCUAUGCAAGCAGAAGAACGAAGAAGACGUUUACAAACAAUGCAAAGGGUAUCCAUCCACCAAUAUGCAAAUGGAGAGAACAGGGGUGUUGGUACAAAUGAUAUCUCAUGCGAAACAGAUGAAGAAGACCUAUCGUUCAGUGCUUCAUUUGGAGAUGACGGCAGUGGGCAGCCUAAUGGUGACUUUUGCCCAUGUGAGAAAUGUAUAAUGCAAAAGAGAGCAUUAAAAUUUGCUAAACCACAAGCAGUUGCUAUCAAUGCCCCGAUCAUUAAAGCAUUUGACCUUCAACAGAUUUUGAGACUGAAACGGGAGAACAAUGACCCUAAAAAUGAUGCAAGUGAUGUUGUAGCUAAUCCAUUAUUGACAGAAGAAAGAGAAGAACCUGAACCAAGCAUCGCACAUGACUGUUCAACUGAGAAUGAAGAAGGCCUCAAUGAAGUAUAUGCUGGAGAAGAAAUCGAUAAAGAAAAAUCAGAUAUUUCAAGUGAACGUGGUGAAGUUUAUGGUCAAGAAGUCAAGUCAGUAACGGAUGAAUGUGAAGGCUGUGACUCAAGUGAUUUUCAGUCUAGUAGCCCACUUCAGGAAAAAGAAAGUGUCCAACUAGAAAGUAAAGUCCCUAUUGAAGAAAUCAACCAUGUAGACGAUUUGGAGGAUGAUUCGGAUAAAAAUUCAGCCAUAUUGAAAGACAUGGGUGUGGAAUGCCCUGAUGCACAUACAUUAGUUUGUGAAAACAAUGAGAACGAUGAUGAACACAGUUCUGAUGGCCUACCCACUAGUCAACAAUUAACAAACAAUCAAGAGGAAAAAAGUGAGACUGAAGAAAAUGAAAGUGAGAUAAAUAAAACAGAUGAAGUUCAUAUAGCAACAGAUAAAUUGUCAGAAGAUGAAGAUCACAUUGUUGAUGAUGAAACAACUAAUGCUGCUAUCAACGCUGAGGAAGAUAUCCAAGGAGAAGACACUGAGGCUUUUCAGACUAAUGGCUCAUAUUUAAACAACUCUUGUUUGGUUCAGUGCUCUCUCAUAACACAAAAUGGUUCUGAUGAAGAUGCCAAAAUAGAAUGCAAAGAAGACCAAAAUGUUGGAGAAACAUCACCAAAUAGACAGUCGGAUAGUUCAUCUGGCAAAAAGUCACAAAUGUAUCCCGACAGUUCCUCUGAAGAUGAAGAUACCUCAUUACGGGGUAGUCCUGUCAGUGUAUCUAAAAAUGAAACCAUUGGUCAGGUGUAUGCAAACAACAAAGAAAGCUUUGAAGAAUGCGACAAUAAAUCAAAAAAGGGUAUCGAUGAAGAUAUCAUAGAUCAAGAUGACUUGGACUUCUAG